AUGACACGUGGAAAAACAAAUGAAAGAAUUCGUGCAGCAAGAGUUGAACCAUCAGAAUAUGAAUCAGCAUAUCGUGCUAUUGAAGUUCUUCAAAAUCUUCAAACAAGACCAAAUGAAUCUAUUAAAACAUUAGCUGAUAUACCUGAUUAUACAUUUGCACAUCAUCCUGAGAAGGAAACAUUUGGUGUUCGACAAAUUCUUGAUAUUCAAGAUGAACAACAAACAAAUGGAAAAAUUUUUAAAAAGUUUAUAUUAGGUGAAUAUAAAUUUCAAACAUUUCGACAAAUAUAUAAACGUAUUGAAAAUAUUGGUCGAGGUUUGUUAUCACUUAAUCUUACAUUAGGUGAUAAAAUAUUAAUUUAUUCUGAAACACGUUACGAAUGGUUAUUAACAGCAUUUUCGGCUUUUCGGCAUGGUUUAACUCUUGUUACACUUUAUUCAACAUUAGGUGAAGAUGCUAUUAAAUAUGGAAUUAAUCAAUCAAAAGUUAAAAUUGUUAUUACAUCAUAUGAAUUAAUUCCUAAACUUAAAAAUAUUUCAGAUGAAACAGAAGAAGUUCGUUAUAUUAUUUAUUUUCCACCGAUUCUAAAAACAGAAUCAAUUAAAUUACCUGAAACUAAAAAUAAUAUUCAAUUUAUUUCAUUAGAUCAAUUAGAAUUAAAUGGAAGCAAUGCAUUGAUUGGUUUGAAUUUAAAUUCAAUUUUUCUUCUUAUCAUUAUUACUUAUUUAGAUGAAGAUAUUUUAAAACAACGGCCUGCCGAAACAGAUACUGCUGUUAUUAUGUAUACUAGUGGUAGUACAGGACUACCAAAAGGUGUUUUGAUAAGACAUGAAAAUAUAAUUGCUGGAAUGACUGGUCAACAAUCACGUUUACUUUCAAUGGUCAAUGUUGAUACUGAUAUAUAUAUUGCUUAUUUACCAUUAGCUCAUAUUCUUGAACUUUGUUGUGAAAUUUGCAUGUAUUAUUUGGGUAUUAAAUCUGGUUAUUCAUCUCCACAAACAUUAACAGAUCAAUCAACAGGAAUAAAACAAGGAGCAAAAGGAGAUUUACAAAUACUUCGUCCACACUUGAUGAUUACUGUACCAGCAAUUCUUGAUCGUAUUCAUAAAGCUAUUAAUGAAAAAGUGAAUCAAUCAAAUUAUUUUCGACGUUCUUUAUUUCGUAUUGCAUAUAACAGAAAAGUGAAAAAAUUAGAAAAAGGUCUUAAUACUCCACGUUUAAAUAAAUUAAUAUUUAAUCGUUUGAAUCAAAUUGCAUUAGGUGGUAGAUUACGAAUAAUGAUGUGUGGUGGAGCUUCUUUAAAUAG